UCGGCUCUCCAUGUUCCAAACAAAAACAGACCUCGCUCCGCCGCUCGGAAUCGAACCCACGACCGAACCCCCCCCCACUUCCCGCGCUGUGACGGAUGGUUCGGACCCGCCGCGGCCCCGUGAAGGUUCUCGUGAGGCCAACAAACUGCUUCCUGUUUCUUCUCUCCACCUGAGGGCGACUGAGAGAGCGCCACCUGCAGGCAACACAUCCAGACCCGCCAGCCGUCGCAGGCCGAUCUAACCACAUCUGAUCCCCAACGCCGUGAGGUCAUCAGAGACAGACCCGGGUCCCCCAGCUCGUCCCCCCUCCCCCCGCUCCAGCAAGAUGAAGAAGCCCCAUGCAGACAAGGACAGCGACGAGUACCGCCAGCGCCGCGAGCGCAACAACCUGGCGGUGAAGAAGAGCCGCAUGCGCAGCAAGCAGAAGGCCAUGGACACGCAGCAGCGGGUCAACGAGCUGAAGGAGGAGAACGAGCGGCUGGAGGCCAAGAUCAAGCUGCUGAGCAAAGAGCUGAGCGUGCUCAAAGACCUCUUCCUGGAGCACGCCCACAACCUGGCCGACAACGUGCACCCGCCGCCGCCGCCGGGCGGAGACGGCCCCAGCCCCGCCCCCAACGGCACCUCCACCAAUGGGCAGUGAGGAGGGUCGGAGGGACGUUUGAUAUCUGGAGCUUUUUUCUGGGGACUUUGGAAACAUGGCCGCACGUCUUCUUCUUCACUGCUCGUCUUUGUUAGAAUUGAACCACACCCACCCCUCACCCCCCACCCCCCCUUCGCCCUUUAACCACACAUCUUCCAAAACGUUGGUCUCUCUCUCACGUUCCCUCUGGGGAAAUAUUUCCCAGCUGAAGACGUGAUGAGAGAUAAUGAGGAUCCAGAAACAAACAGACCCAUGAAUAUUUUAACAUUAAUUUAUUGGACUCUUGACUAAAAGGCUUUUAUUGUGAAAGACAGCAGCAGCUUGUGUUAAUUGGACAUUUUCUUCCAAUUAAAAUGAAUUGCUGGGAAGUGAGUUCAGUGACAGAAGGAGAAGCUCCUCCCCCACAACAGACUGAGAGUGUGGGAGGAGCUAAACCGACUGAUUGUGAGAAGACGUGAACUCGUAUGAACGGAGACUUCGUCCAAUCAGAACUCACCAGCAACCGAAGCACUUCCUUCCUGUGCUUCCUCCUCCCGGCGUCUCGUUUCCAUGCCGACGGGCGGAUGACGGAGAUGAUUUAAAAUCUUAAAUUCCUUUUUUUAGGUUGUAUAUUUUUCUCUUUUCUUUUUAGAAAUGUCUCGUUGGAAAUACCUGAUGAGAUUUUUAAGGUUGUUCACUACAUGAUGAGAUUUAAGGGACAAUUCAGCUUUUUACAGUUUGUUCUUUUUACACUCAUAAAAAUUAAAAAGACAUUUUUUGAUACUCGCUAACGGAUGAGGAUGAAUGUGUGAAAAAAUAAAAACAGCAGAAUUGUCCUUUAUGAGCAGAACAGA